UAUAUGCCUGAAUGUCCAGUCCAAUUGCUGGGACGUGAUAUGCUAUCAAAAUUACAAGCACAGAUUACGUUCCUACCAAAUGGAACAACAUCCUUAAAGUUUAAUGGACCUUCAGGUAUUAUGACAUUAUCUGUACCAAAGGAAGAAGAGUGGCGACUUUAUACAGCGUUGACUAGCCAAAACCCUAGGAGUGAUGAGUCCUUAUUCAACAUACCAGGAGUUUGGGCAGAGAACAACCCACCAGGACUGGCCCGCAAUAUUCCACCUAUUAAAAUUGAACUAAAACUUGGGGUUUAUCCAGUGAGCCUAAGACAAUACCACAUCCCGCAGAAGGCUAAGAAGAACAUCCAAUCUUAUCUGGAUAAGUUCAUACGGUAUGGUAUCCUAAAAUUCUGUACUUCCCCCUGGAACACCCCAUUGCUGCCUGUUCAAAAGCCCGGUACAGAUGAGUAUCGACCUGUGCAGGACUUGAGAGCAGUCAAUGAUGCGGUUGUUAGUAUACAUCCAGUUGUACCCAAUCCAUAUAACCUGCUUGCUUUAAUUCCGGGCGGGGCUACUUACUUUACAGUCUUAGACCUCAAAGAUGCCUUCUUUUGCCUCCGAAUUGCCGCAGAAAGUCAAUGUAUUUUCGCUUUCCAAUGGGAGAACGCUGUAACGGGCUCAAAACGCCAAAUGACUUGGACAAGACUGCCCCAAGGGUUUAAAAAUUCACCUACCCUAUUUGGUUCAGCUCUAAGUCAAGAUCUACUGGAUUUCGAGUCCAUCCCAGGAGAGUGUGUAUUGUUACAGUAUGUAGAUGACUUGUUGAUAGCAGCAGUUACAAAAGAAAUCUGUCAGCAAGCAACGCACGAUCUACUACACAUUCUCUGGAAGGCAGGAUACAAGGUGUCUAGAAAGAAGGCUCAGUUGUGUUUGCCAACUGUCAAAUAUCUGGGAUUCCAAGGUCAAAGAAUUAUGGGGCCAGAGAGAAAAGAAGCUGUGUGCCAAAUACCGAUACCCAAGAAUAGAAGACAAGUGCGAGAAUUCUUGGGGGCAGCAGGCUUCUGUAGGAUAUGGAUUCCCAGCUACGCGAUACUGGCAAAACCUCUGUACGCAGCUAUCAAAGGUACAGAGCACGACCCCUUCUUAUGGACCCAAGAACAGCAAACGGCAUUUGAAGAUGUGAAGAAGGCUUUGAUGAGUGCCCCAGCAUUAGGUCUACCUGAUCACACACGACCAUUCUACCUGUAUGUACAUGAGCAAAGAAGAAUGGCUAUGGGAGUAUUGACACAGUACUUGGGAUCAUGGCAAAGACCUGUUGCCUACAUGUCUAAGCAAUUGGAUGCAGUGGCCAGCGGACUUCCACCUUGUCUAAGAGCCGUAGCUGCAGCCGCCCUGCUAGUAGCUGAAGCCGAUAAACUCACUCUAGGUCAAGAACUUUAUGUACGAGUCCCACAUGCAGUACAGACGUUGUUGGAUUACAAAGGAAAUCAUUGGUUUAGUAACAGCCGUAUGACCAAGUAUCAAGCAAUGUUGUGUGAAAACCCAAGAGUGCAUUUAGAGACUGUAAACACCUUAAAUCCAGCUACCCUUUUGCCACAACCUACUGAAAGUCAACAUGAUUGUUUGGAAGUAAUGGAUGAAGUAUUCUCAAGUAGACCAGAUCUUCGUGAUUUUCCCAUCCAGAACCCCGAUGUUCAAUAUUAUACCGACGGCAGUAGUUAUGUGAAAGAAGGGAUCCGCUAUGCAGGAUAUGCAGUGACAACAAUAGACAAGGUGAUAGAAGCUCGGCCACUGGCGAAAGGAACAUCAGCACAAAAGGCAGAAUUGAUAGCACUGACACGAGCGUUACAAUUGGCUGAAGGUUUAAGAGUGAACAUCUACACGGACUCCAAAUAUGCGUUUUUAACCACUCAUGCCCACGGAGCUUUGUAUAAAGAAAGAGGACUACUGAAUUCAGAAGGCAAAGAAAUCAAGUACGCAGCUGAAAUCCUACAACUAUUGGAAGCAGUGUGGGAGCCGAAAGAAGUCGGUAUCAUACAUUGUCGAGCGCAUCUGAGAGGAGAUGGUGAUGUAACCAAGGGAAAUCGGAUGGCAGAUAGUGCAGCUAAGCGUGCUGCUACCCAGCACGCCCCAAAGCCCAUCGAAAUCAUGGGCAAAAAAAACCACAAAGCCCCCCUGUCAACAACCAGAGACACUCAGGACAUAGGCGCGAUGUUACAGCGCCCAGCUACCGCGACGGCGGCUCAGGGGCAAUUUGAGGGCCCGAAAGCUCCAGAGGGACCAGCAGAUAGGCCCACUCACUCCACACAGCCCGAACUGAACACGGUGGAGCAGGCACUGGUACCCAACAAAACGCCGGCCACGAAACAGGACAUAGCGGACUUACUACAAGAAAUGCGGCGGUUACAUGCUGCUGACCUGGACUUACUCAAGAAGGAAAUCACAGCGGUUAUAGUCCGCACUCAGACCUCCGAAGAUGGCAUCCUAGAGCUCAGACAGGAGGUACUGGACAUAAAAGACACCAUUAAUCAAUUGCAAGCAUCCCAAACCGCGCUCCUAACCAGAGCUGACCAAGCCGAGGACCGCCACCGGCGCCUCAAUGUUAAGAUAAGGGGCAUCCCUGACUCUGUCACUCUAACGGAAUUACCCCACUACAUCAGGAGGCUCACCACAUCGAUACUGCCACACACGCAGGCAAAGAAACUUACCUUCGAGAGCCUCUUCCGGAUCCCGACACCACGGCAGGCACCAGCCGGAGCACCACAGGACGUGAUAGUUCGAUGCCACUCGACCACCGAUAAAAUCCAAAUGAUGACAGCAAUCCGGGGCAAAACCCCGCUUAAUUUUGAAAAUGCGCAACUAUCGUUUUACCAAGACAUAACCCGCUCCACGAUGCUAUGGCGUAAAUCGAUGGGCCCAGCGACCAGCCAACUCCGCAACGCUGGUGUGGACUACCGGUGGGCCCUACCACGUACCCUCCUAGUCACCAGAGACGGGACCACGAAGAGACUGUCCAACCUACAAGAAGCAACCACGUACCUGCAAUCUAUGGGUCUCCCGGCACUACCUGCGGAAAGAGCAACUACCUCGGGCACACACGACUGGGACCCAGAGAGAUCGGUGCCCUUCACCCCGAGAGACUUUACAGUGAUGCCUAAAUCGGGUGGACAUCGUUACCUGCUGGUAAUUGUGUGCACCUAUUCAGGCUGGGUAGAAGCAUGUCCUACUCGUACAGAGAAAGCAGGAGAAGUUGUGAGAUUCCUGCUACGAGAAAUAAUACCCCGAUAUGGACUACCCUGUUCUAUAGGAUCGGACAAUGGUCCAGCUUUUGUUCAUCAGUGCCUACAACAACUGACUCAUAUGCUUGGUAUAAAGUGGAGGCUUCAUACAGCAUAUAGACCCCAGAGUUCUGGUAAGGUAGAGAGAAUGAAUAGAACUAUUAAGAAUCAGUUGGCUAAAAUGUGUCAGGAAACCCAACUUAAGUGGAACGUUCUCUUACCCAUAGCUCUAUUGCGAAUCCGCAGUACCCCUACCAGAAGGAUGGGCCUCUCUCCUUUUGAAAUCAUGUAUGGGCGACCACCUCCCGUACUUGGUAACUUAAGGGGGGACUUGAGUCAGUUGGGAGAAGGAAUUACCCGGCAGCAGGUUGUAGAGUUGGGUAAGACUAUGGAGGAGGCACAGAAAUGGGUACAAGAUAGAUUACCUGUGAAUAUUUAUCCCCCAGUUCAUAGUUACCAUCCAGGAGACCAAGUGUGGAUUAAAGAGUGGAAUAAUGUACCGUUAGGGCCCAAGUGGAGAGGUCCUUAUGUUGUUCUUUUGUCUACCCCUACAGCGAUAAAAGUAGCCGAAGUGACUCCGUGGAUACAUCACUCCAGGGUUAAACCAGCAGCAGUCGAUUCUUGGCAAGUUACAGCAGAUCCAGAGAAUCCCUGCAAGAUCCGGUUA